ACUUUUUGGGGCUUCCGUACCUCGAACUUGUUACCAAGGCAGCCAGUAUGAAGCUUUGAAAGAACCGUUAUGUCGGCUUGUCGCACUUCAUUAAGUUUUUUCUGGGCUUGAAGUUUUAGUCGAACAACGUAACUACAUGAAUUACAGAGUUACCGUCUCGUACGUUUAAUUAUUAUUUCCGCUGUAAAUGCAUCCACGUCCCGUUUUCUAUUAGUUAUCAAACUAGCAAAGAUGGUUGUUAGCUUUAUUUUUUGGUUCUUGUCGAAGAGUUAGCUUCGUGGCUAUUAGCAUGCAUUUAUGGCACCACGGCAGUUCUGAAAGGCUAAGCAUAUAAACCUUGGAUCUCCAUCAUGGGCACCGCAUCUUCCUUGGUCAUCCCAGGUGGAGAUGUGAUCGAUGACGGGUAUGGCGGUGAAGGAGGGGAAGCAUGUGAAAUACCCGUUGAGGUGAAACCCAAAGCCCGACUUCUGCGCAGCUCCUUCCGCCGAGGACCUCGGGUAAUCGGGGCUAGUUUCAAAUCCACAGGAUCUGUUGAUCUCGAAUACGCUGCGGAGUACGAGAGGCUUCGCAAAGAGUAUGAAAUCUUCCGUGUCAGCAAGAAUAACGAGAUCACGUCCAUGCGAAAGAAGGAAGCCAAGCUGGACGAUGAGAACAAGAGACUGAGAGCCGAGUUACAGGCUCUACAGAAGACCUACCAGAAGAUCCUCAGAGAGAAGGAAGCUGCUCUUGAGGCAAAGUACCAAGCCAUGGAGAGGGCUGCCACCUUUGAGCAUGACAGAGACAAAGUAAAACGACAGUUUAAGAUUUUCAGGGAGACGAAAGAGAAAGAGAUACAAGACCUCCUCCGGGCUAAGAGAGACUUGGAGGCCAAGCUGCAGCAGCUGCAGACUCAGGGCAUCCAGGUCUAUGAUCUAAGUGACUCCGACUCAGAUGAUAACCAAACCACGGUGACAGCUGGAGGAACUCAGUGUGAAUACUGGUCUGGUGGGGUGCUGGGAAGUGAGCCCUCCUUAGGCAGCAUGAUGCAGCUGCAGCAGACCUUCAGAGGACCAGAGUUUGCACACAGUUUAAUCGAUGUGGAAGGUCCCUUUGCAAAUGUGAGCAGAGAUGACUGGGAUGCUGCAGUGACCAGUCUGCUUCAGGUGUCCCCUCAUGUGCCCCAGGCCCUUUGGAGCAACACUGUGCGCUGCUACCUCAUCACCACGAGGGACACCAAAGCGGAGCUAGAGAUCUUUCUUAAGAAACAUUCUUCUGCGUUACGACAAAUGUGCGAAGGUCUGGGCCAUUUCUACAUGAAUGUUUACUUCCCAGAGGAGACCGCUGCUUUAUACGCUACAGAGCGCAAACAGGAGAUCGAAAGGAGCUCUGUGUGUGUGCUUCUGCUUAGAUCCACUGUCUCUAGCUCUGUGUUGGAGGACUGCGAGGAGGCUUUUGUGAAGAAUCCCGACGGCCAUCCUCUGGUGCUGUACCUGCGGACUGAAGAGAGUAAUGAUCUGACGGGUCCCAUCAGGCAGCUGUUGGAGAGGGUCAACGCUGCUGACAAGGCUGCCAAAGUCAAGGUGGUGGAUCACAGUGGCUCUGCAGAAGAGGGGGCUAGCUUGAUUUGUGCUCAGCUUAAGAAAGUCAUCAAGCAGGAUUUGCUGGGUUUUGAGGAGGGAGCCGUGGACUCUAAGGACUCUGCCAUUGAUGAGGGGCGUGAGGAAGACUCUGGAGACGUGCUGUGGGACCUGCAUGAUGAGCAGGAGCAGAUUGAGUCCUACCAGCAGGCUUGUAGCAGCAGGAUCUCCCAGUUAGGCUUCCAGAAGUAUAUAGAUCAUCUGAAUGACAUGAUAGCCGCCCCCCUUCCCACUCCUCCUCUGCUGGUAUCUGGUGGUCCCGGAUCAGGAAAGUCUCUGCUGCUUUCCAAAUGGAUCGAGCUGCAACAGAAACAGUCUCCCAACACGCUGUUUCUUUAUCACUUUGUGGGUCGCCCACUCUCCACUAGCUCAGAGCCAGUUCUCAUCAUCAAACGCCUCACAGUCAAACUGCUGCAGCACUUCUGGCCCAUUUCUGGCUUGUCCAUGGAUCCCAGUAAGAUCCUGGAGGAGUUCCCUCGAUGGCUUGAAAGGCUUUCAGCACGGCACCAAGGAAACAUCAUCAUCAUCAUCGACUCAGUCGACCAAAUACACCAAGGAGAAAGACACAUGAAGUGGCUGAUUGACCCCCUCCCUGUGAAUGUCAGAGUGGUGGUUUCCGUCAAUGUGGAGACGUGUCCUGAAGCUUGGAGGUUGUGGCCCACACUCCACCUAGAUCCACUGAGUCCUAGAGAGGUCAGGAGUGUCAUCUCUGCAGAGGUUCAGGGGACGGAUCUCAAACUUAACAAAGACCAGGAGAAAAAACUGGAGAGACACUGUCGCUCUGCAUCGACCUGCAACACUUUAUAUGUCACCCUGCUGGCAAGGGUGAUCACCAGUGGAAUGACUGGCUGGUCUCUGGAGAAGAGCCUGGAUCAGUGUCUGCUGUGUCACGACACCAUGUCGUUGUAUUGCUUGGCACUCAACAUGACGCUGAAGUCUCUCAGCACAGACGCCGCGAGACACACGAUGAAAGAGAUGCUGUGCCUUGUGCUUUCCAGCCAUAACGGGAUGAGUGAAUCAGAGAUCUUAGAUCUUUUCCCGGAGCUGGAGGUGCCUGUUCUGUCCUUUCUGCUCCACCACCUGAACAGACUCUGCAUUACAACCCGUCGCUGUGGACUCCUCACCUUUCAGCACCAGCAGGCUUGUGAAGCCGUGAGGCUGGAGUUUCUGGGAGGAAGAAUCAGCUCUGCUCCUCACAGAGAGAAACUAAUUCAUUACUUCAACCAGCAGCUCAGCCAGGAUCAUGUGACAUGGCGUGUUGCAGACGAGCUUCCCUGGCUGCUCCAACAGCAGGAGGACAGGACUAAAUUACAGCUCUGUCUCCUGAACCUGUUCGUCUCCCAGAACCUCUACAAGAGAGGUCAUUUCUCUGAGCUGCUAGCUUACUGGCAGUACGUAGGAAAAGACAAAAGCUCCAUGGCGGCUGAAUAUUUCGACUCCCUGAAAAGCUACGAGAAGAGGUGUGAGAGUGAAGAUGACAUGACCAAGCUCGCAAAUCUGUAUGAGACUUUGGGUCGUUUUCUCAAAGACCUGGGCCUCCCGAGUCAGGCUGUAGCACCCAUACAACGCUCUCUUGAGAUCAGAGAGACGGCUUUGGACCCGGAUCAUCCCAGCGUCGCUCGCUCUCUGCACCAGCUGGCUGGAGUUUACGUCCAGUGGAAGAAGUAUGGGAACGCCGAACAGCUGUACAAGCAGGCCCUUGAGAUAAGUGAGAAUGCUUACGGCGCCGAGCAUCCCAGUGUGGCUCAGGAGCUGGACUCACUCGCUGUGCUCUAUCAAAAGCAAAAUAAGUAUGAUCAAGCUGAGAAACUCAAGAAGAGGUCGGUCAAGAUCCGUCAGAAGACCGCCCGCCAGAAAGGUCACAUGUAUGGCUUCAGCCUGCUGAGGCGCAGAGCUCUCCAGCUGGAGGAGCUGACCCUGGAAAGAGACUCUGCAGACUGUGCCAAGACUCUCAACGAGCUGGGUGUCCUCUACUACCUCCAGAACAACCUGGAUGCAGCCAAAGUGUUGCUGACCCGCUCUCUGGAAAUGCGCCAGCGCGUCCUCGGCCAGGAUCACCCAGACUGCGCCCAGUCCCUCAACAACCUCGCCGCGCUGCACAGCGAGCGGAGGGAAUAUGAGACCGCAGAGGAAAUGUACGAGAGGGCGCUGGAGAUCCGCAGGAGAGCCUUGUCACCAGACCACCCCUCUCUAGCCUACACAGUCAAACACCUGGCCAUGCUCUAUAAACGCAGAGGGAAGCUGGAGAAAGCUGUUCCUCUUUAUGAGUUGUCUUUGGGAAUCAGGGAAAAAAGCUUUGGUCCGAAACACCCGAGUGUGGCCACAGCGCUGGUCAACCUGGCAGUCAUCUACUGCCAACUGAAGAAGCACAGCGAAGCCUUGCCUCUGUAUGAGCGCGCUCUGAAAGUGUACGAGAACAGUUUGGGCCACUCGCAUCCACGAGUCGGAGAGACGCUAAAAAACCUGGCAGUGCUCAGUUAUGAGAGGGGUGACUUCGAGAGGGCAGCUGAGCUCUACAAGCGUGCGAUGGAGAUUAAAGAGGCCGAGCCAUCGUUGGCGUGCGGUAACACCCCGUCGCCACACUCCUCCAGCGGAGACACAUUCACCCUGAGGGCCCCGCUUCCACACAACCUCAGCGCUGGUCAGUCAAACCCAACUUUUUUCAUCCAGUCUCCUUCAAACAGUUACGUUCUCAGGAAGCGACCCCCAGGUGUGCUGCUACCAGGGGCUCAUAAGGUUGACAGAGAGUAUCGGGUGCAGAAGGCCCUUUUCUCCUCUGGGUUCCCCGUCCCUCAACCCAUCUUGUUCUGCUCGGAUAACGAAGUAAUCGGAACAGAAUUCUACUUGAUGGAUCAUGUUAAGGGCCGUAUAUUCAGGGAUCUUCAGCUUUCUGGACUGAGUCCAGCAGAGAGAACAGCUGUGCAUGUAGCUGCAGUGGAAGUGUUGGCGAAGCUGCAUUCACUCAACUUGGCAUCACUAAAACUGGAGGGGUUUGGAAAAGGACCGGGUUACUGCAGGAGACAAGUGUCCACAUGGACAAAGCAGUACAAAGCUUCAGCCCACAGAGACAUUCCUGCUAUGAACGAGCUCUCUGAUUGGUUGAUGAACAAUUUACCUGAGAAAGAUGAUGAGGUCACACUUGUCCAUGGAGACUACAGACUGGACAACUUGAUAUUCCACCCAACAGAGGCCCGUGUGAUAGCAGUGUUGGACUGGGAGCUGUCCACCACUGGGAACCCGCUGGCAGACCUGGUCUACUUCCUCAUGCCUCUCUAUUGGCCCACAAGUCUCAACAUUACCAGCACAAUUGGCAGCUUACAGGGAAUAGAGGGUGUUCCAGCUGCUGGUGACCUGAUCUCUGUUUACUGCAGAUGUCGAGGAAUCCCGUCUGAUUCUCUGCCACAGCUGAACUUCUUCUUGGCUCUGUCCAUCUUUAAAAUGGCUGCUAUUGCUCAGGGGAUUCAUGCUCGUUUCCUGCUGGGGAACGCCAGCGCGCCCAACGCAGAUCAGUUCGGCAAGAGUGUUGAGCCUUUGGCUGAAACAGCUCUGCAGCUGGUGAAAAGAACUUUAAUAAGUCCCACAAGAGACGGACUGUUCCUUCAAACAGCCAGAGGCCGGGCUGUUCUCCAGCAGGUCAAAGAUUUCACCCGACUGUACGUGCUUCCUGCUCAGGAGGAAGUUAUGGAGUACUACAAAAACCACACUCACUCUCCACAGAGAUGGAACACCCCCCAAAUCAUCGAGGAUCUGAAGGAGAAAGCCAAAGAGGCGGGGCUGUGGAACCUGUUCCUGCCUGCCGUCAGCGGACUCACUCAGGUGGAUUAUGCCUACAUCGCAGAGGAAACUGGACGCUGCUUCUUUGCCCCUGAGGUCUUUAACUGUCAGGCUCCAGACACAGGAAACAUGGAGGUGCUGCACAUGUUUGGCAGCGAGGAGCAGAAGAAGAAGUGGCUGGAGCCUCUUCUGAGAGGAGAAAUCCGCUCCUGCUUCUGCAUGACAGAGCCCGGCGUCGCCUCCAGUGAUGCAGCCAACAUGGAGUGCAUUCUAAACAGGGAUGGAGAUGACUACAUCAUAAAUGGCACAAAGUGGUGGAGCAGUG